ACCGGUAGCACGUCUACAUUAGUUUCAUGCGUAACACGCGUCAUCAAUUCUCCAACUGGCUGCAGUCCUCUGUCUUCGUGCUCUUAGCUUCACAACUCACAAGCAAAACCAACAAAAAAUCUCGACCCCCUGUAACUGUAACUGUCCUGUGCUGGGGUCACAACCCAAUUCUCAUUCCCAAUCUGAGAUUCAGCUAUGGUUUCUUCAUCCAUCAUUUCUCUUCCUCUCAUCUUAUACCUCUCUUUCUUUUCCUUCUUCUUCGUCUCUCCCUCUCAAUCUCACAACAACAACAACAACAACAAGGUUUCAUUGGCCUUGUACUAUGAAAGCUUGUGCCCUUACUGCUCCAAUUUCAUCGUCAAUUACCUCCCCAAAAUCUUCACUGAUGACCUCAUCUCCAUCGUUGACCUCAACCUCGUUCCAUGGGGUAACGCCAAGCUCAGAAGUGCCACCAACUUUACCUGCCAGCAUGGCCCGAAUGAGUGCUUGCUGAACACUGUUGAAGCGUGUGCAAUUGCUGCAUGGCCUGAACUGAGCAAGCAUUUUCCUUUCAUCUAUUGUGUUGAGGAUCUGGUGUAUCAGCAUAAGUACAACGAGUGGGAGUCUUGUUUUCAGAAGCUGGGUCUGGAUUCAAGACUUAUUGACCAUUGUUAUAAUAGUGAAUUUGGUAAACAGCUUGAACUAAAUUAUGCAGCUGAAACAAAUGCUCUGCAGCCUCCUCAUACGUAUGUUCCAUGGGUAGUUGUGAAUGGACAGCCACUCUACGAGGAUUAUCAAAACUUCUUAAGCUAUGUCUGUGAGGCUUAUCAAGGCACACAUAAACCCACAAGUUGCACUAAAGCAUCAUACCUUAGUACUGUUGUGGAAGCAAUGCCCAAGCAUUCAGUUUCUGAUAUGGAAGAGUGAUGCCAACAUGGGAAAAAUAAGGUCAACAACAAUUAUGUCAUGAAUGCACAAGAUGAACCUUGGAGAUGCAAUUUAGAUGUGUCAAUCCCAGCUACUUGUGAUCUAAAAGCAGUUUGUUCCUGUUAUCAUGUUGUUAUCCCAAGAGAAGUGCAAAUAGAUGGUACUUUCUCAUAAAAUACCUGUGUGUAUAUUGUAGUUACAUGAUGGUUGUCUGUAUGUGCAAUAAAAUGUUUUUGCUAUUCCCUUGGUAUCACAGUUCUUACUAUCCCCUCACCCAGAAACGAGAAAUGGUAGUGUCUAAUUUACUCCAUGGUGUUAAAUAACUCCUUGCAAGAUGGAUGAAUAACAUUUAAAGUGACUUGAGAAUUUUA